CGUACGAAUCCUCUCGCGUCGCGUUUCGACGCGGCCGCGACGGUACACGAGGAUGCGGACGGUGCACGAGGAACACCAGGGAAAGGUUUAAUUCACGGGCCUGAUGUGGCGUUCCUGAUCAAUAUGGCCGACGAUACAUGUGCCCCUGUCACGUGCUUCCUGAUCCUCGCGUCGAUCGCGAUCGUCGAUGGACAACUGUUGUCUACGGAACAUCGAACUCAGGCAGCAUCUGAACGAAAAAACGAUUUAUGGUGUUAUCAGUGUGACACGAUGGAAGAUGGAGAGAGAUGUUCCAAUCUCACCGGAAAUUACAGCGCUUUCCAGCACAAGUGCACUGGUGACAAAAGGACCUGCAUGGUAAAACGAUUUUCGUACACUACUAGCACGGAAGAUUCGACUUCUAGUCCUCAAACUUGGUCAAUGGAGAGGAACUGUACCAGCAAAUGCGAGCCCGGAUGUAUAGUGAUCGGCGAACGUACAAAACUAUCCGCUUGCACCACUUGCUGCGAACAAUCGUUUUGCAAUGUCGGUACCGGCGCUGCGAAUGACUUGGCUAUAAGAGGGAUCGAUCUGUUUCUAUCUUUGAUACUGCAAAUUACGUUGAUCGUCAUCAUGUAUCCGUCCUGACAUUGCGAGUAAAAUGGUACUCGAUCCUUUUGUAAAUAAAUUCAG